AUGAAGUCGAUCUUCGAAGAAAAUGUGAUGCCGGAACCUCAGAGCAAUAUGAAAGUGAUCGGUGUGAUGUACCUGAAAGUUGUAGGUGAAAAGACAAUCACGCAAGAAGGAGUGAAAUCCAAAUGUCUGUUGGUUCGAUAUAAGGAUAUUCCAAGGAUUCUUGGUGACACUGCUGUAAUGAUUCAUCGACUCUCAUACCUUCAACUUCUUGGAAGUGCUGAAGAAGUUGAGGUUGCUGAAAUGCUCCUGGUUGAUGCAGUUACAAAGGCAUAUGAUGAAAAGGAGUUUGUCCCCACAGCUCUAAUGCCACCAAGCAUCUGUCAUCACACGAUGACCAUUCCUGUAAUGAAGGAUGUACCUUUAAUGGGCUUCAAUGGAAGCAAUCUACUGAAAAUGGAAUCCCAAACUGGUGCUUGGAUAGAGCUGGAUACAUUAUGUGACAGUGUACUGGUGAUCAACAUAUAUGGUCAAGAACUAAAGCUAACUAAUGCAAUAAAAAUCAUCAAGGAACAAAUCUCUGAGUAUGAGGAAUCUGUCAAGCUGAAACACAAACUUGACGAAGAAGACAGUGUCGCAUCUGAGAUAGCUUCAACACGAAUCUUGAAGAGGAAGGGGUUCGGUUGUGUGCUCUCGUUAGGGCUUCUUUCCGCCGUGUUUCAUGAGAUGACAUCACAUUCGCCGCCUGUUAGCGCGGUGGAGUCCUCCCACUUCGGUAACAUCACCUGCCCGACUUUCACUUCCGCCGGACCUUCUGCUACCUGGAGCUGUAUCAGAUGCUUAAAGGGUUCUGAUUGCGGAUUCUGUGCUUCACAAACCGAUAAGAUCAUUCAAUCUUUUCAAAAUCUACAAAAAAACACUUUUGAGGAACAAAACUAUAAUCAAUUCCGAGAUAUACCCAUUAAGAUUCUGAGGUGUUUGUGGUGGAAUCGCUUCUACAUCAAACUGGAUUUCAAAUCUUAUCGUUGCUCAAUCAUUCUUAUUGUUAACUGA